GAUUAUAGAUUUGACUUCAGUAUAGAUUGCUUGCAAGGAGCUUCUAGAAGAACGACAUGAAUAGUUUCUACAGUAUCUGAAGUGGAAAUGAAAAAUCAGAACACCAGCGUGACUUUUUUUGUCCUUUUGGGAUUUUCGUACAAUUAUCCAGUCAAUAGUUUCCUUUUCCUGGCAUUUUUCCUGAUGUAUGCUUUGACUUUAUUUGGAAAUAUGAUGAUUAUAGUAGUAACAAGUUAUCUCUCCAGCCCCAUGUAUUUUUUUCUAGCUCAUCUGGCUUUUCUUGACAUGUGUUUGUCUUCUGUUACUGUACCCAAACUGUUGGUGAUUUUUUGGGCGAAAAAGAUUAUUUCAUAUUCUGAUUGCUUUAUUCAGAUAUUCAUUGUCUUUCUUACAGGAGGCACUGAAGAUUGUGUCCUUGCUGCAAUGGCUUAUGACAGAUACGCAGCCAUUUGCAAGCCCCUCCAUUAUAUACAAAUUAUGAAUAAAUCAUUUUGUAAAUGGCUGGCGGGUGGUGCAUGGGCAGUUGGUUUUUUAUGUGCUUUUGUAAAUAUAUUACCUAUUUUGAAGCUAGAUUUCUGUGGACCAAAUUUUAUCAAGGAUUUCAGCUGUGAAUUUCCAUCUCUACUUGCAUUGUCCUGCACAGAAACAACCUCCAAUUGGAUGGCAUUUCUGAUAUCUGGUAGUUUUGUUGCAAGUUCUUCAUUGAUUAUCAUCCUAGUCUCCUAUAUCCAUAUCAUCUCAACUAUCCUCAAGUUGAAUUCAGCAGAAGCAAAAAGGAAAACUUUCUCUACCUGUAGUUCUCACCUUAUUGUUGUAGUUUUGUAUUAUGGCACUGCCUGCUUUAGAAACAUGAGGCCCAGCUCAGCCUCCUCAAUUAUUGUGGAUGAAUUCUUCUCUAUUCAAUAUAAGAUUUCAACACCUAUGCUGAACCCCCUUAUCUACAGCCUGAAAAAUAGAGAAGUGAAGGAAAUAAUAAAAAAAUUAAUGGGCUACAAACCCUUGAUUCCUUCUUCUGUGUAAAUUGGUUCAAUGUUGGAUAAAUUAACCAUUCCAUGGGAAUUUAAUUGAGAAGUAAAUGUAUGUUCUUUUGGAAAUCUAGUUAAAACACGUUGUUUGGAAUAUGUGUAAUAUAUUGGUUGAAUUCAAAACAAAUGAAUUUAAUUUGUAAAGUUUGAUAUGCUUACAUUUAGUGACAAAUAUUAAGUCAGAAAAUAUGUAUUGGAAGAUGGAUUUUCCCUAAAAAACACAUCCCUAUAUCUACUUAUGAAGCAUAUUCAGAUGUUUAUUGUAUACAACAGGAAUUCUCAAAGUCUGUGGUUGUGUGACAUCCUAAAGUAACAAAUGAAUUUGUGUGAAUAUGAUAUUGAUGAUGAUGAUGAUGAUGAUAACUGGUAGGAGAACAAAACUUUAACUUUUGUCUGAAGACUUUUGUAUGAGAAAUUUGUAUACAACCUAAUAAAUAGUGAAUAUCUAUUUUAA